AUGGCUCGUGUGGAGCGGGAGUCUGUCACGGCGCCACCUCGUCACUUCAGGCACUCACAGCCUGUCUUGUUCACCAGAUCGGAGCAUAAGGAGCACGACUCCGCGGUGCACAAUGCAAUCGGAUGUCACUGCAACGCAGCAAGACUGCAGAAUGACUGCUUCCACUUGCCGGACCAGAAUCUGCUUGGCGUAGACCUGACUAACAAUAGAGAGGGCUGGAGAAGGCUGAGUCGCCGCAUCGUGUAUCUCGGUAAUCGCAUGAACCGAAAGCCGCAAGUCUGGGAAGGACCAUUUCUACAAGGCGAAGCUUCGGAUGGUGAGGCCAUGUGCGUUAGUCAGAGCUGCUCGGCGGAUACAUGUAAACAGGAAGCGCAGUGGCGAUGGCUCGUGUUCGUCCAGGAUGUCGCUACGGGGCCAAGGCUCCGACAUGCCAACACACAAACACCGAUAUUUCGCACGUCGUAUAACUUACCAUCACAUGGGCUCCAGUCUCUCGCGCUCGCCGAGAUGAAGAGAAGAAUCUUCAAAUUUGACGUCACCUCGCCCCUGCCUUGCCAAGACUCAGUUCCUGCCUCAGGCUGUACGAGUACAAUGCGAUUGCUAUCGCGAUCGCCAUGGCGGUCCCCGACCAUCUCCGCGGAACUCCGAGACAAGCAGUGCCAUAGACAAUCUCCGGUCUAA